AUGGCACUACCCAAGUUCAAUUUCUUCCUCUUCCUUCUGUUCAUAAUUGGAACGCCCAAUUCAGGAAGCGCCCAUGACUACGAUGACGCAUUGUCGAAGGCAAUCCUUUUCUUCGAGGGACAACGAUCGGGUUUUCUGCCACAGGACCAGAGACAGAACUGGAGAGCCAAUUCGGGUCUGAGUGAUGGGUGGACCUACAACGUUGACCUCACCGGCGGGUACUACGACGCCGGCGACAACGUGAAAUUCGGGUUUCCGAUGGCAUUCACGACAACUAUGUUGUCGUGGAGUGUGAUUGAAUUCGGAGACAUGAUGCCUCCCAAUGAACUCAGAAACGCCUUGGUUGCAAUCCGUUGGGCUACUGAUUAUUUGCUCAAAACCGUUUCACAGCCCAACCGCAUUUUCGUUCAGGUGGGUGAUCCAAUCUCAGACCAUAACUGUUGGGAGAGACCUGAAGACAUGGACACUAACAGGACUGUGUAUGCUGUUGAUGCACCAAACCCAGCUUCGGAUGUCGCCGGUGAAACCGCGGCGGCGCUCGCAGCUUCAUCCAUGGCAUUCCGAUCAUCGGAUUCAGGUUAUUCAGAGACCUUGUUACGAAAUGCUGUUAAGGCCUUUCAAUUUGCAGAUAACUACAGGGGUGCCUACAGUGACAAUGCUAAUGUCAGGGAUGGUGUCUGUCCAUAUUAUUGUGAUUUUGAUGGAUAUCAGGACGAAUUGUUAUGGGGAGCCGCAUGGCUAAGGAGGGCCACGCAGGACGAUAAUUUCCUCAACUACAUUCAAAGCAAUGGCAAAACGCUUGGUGCAGAGGACAAUAUAAAUGAGUUUGGAUGGGACAACAAGCAUGCUGGCCUUAACGUUCUUGUCUCCAAGGUCAUUGUAGAAGGAAACAUAAACUCUCUUGAAUCCUACAAGACUUCGGCUGAGAGCUUCCUGUGCACACUGAUACCGGAAACAUCAAGUUCCCACAUAGAGUACAGUCCCGGUGGACUCAUAUACAGGCCUGGGGGAAGCAACUUACAGCAUGCAACUUCAAUCGCUUUCCUUGAGUUGGUCUAUGCUAAUUACCUAUCUCGCACCUCACAAACCAUCAAUUGUGGUAACGUCUAUGUUAGUGCACAAACACUUCGACAGCGUGCUAAGAAGCAAGUUGAUUACAUUUUGGGCGAUAAUCCAAUGGGUUUAUCUUACAUGGUUGGCUACAGCAACAAAUAUCCGCAGCGUAUUCAUCAUCGUGGCUCUUCUUUACCCUCCAUUAAGGAUCAUCCUCAGUUCAUUGCUUGCAAAGAAGGUUCAAUCUACUUCAACUCAACAAAUCCUAACCCUAAUGUUCUCCUAGGAGCCAUUGUGGGAGGACCCGGACAAGAUGAUGUUUAUGAUGAUAAUAGGGCUGAUUUUAGGAAGUCCGAGCCAACCACAUAUAUUAAUGCACCCUUUGUUGGGGUUUUAGCAUACUUUGUUGCUAAUCCCAAUCCUUAAUUACUAGUUACUAUAAUUGCGUACGGAUCCAAGUGACUUUCUUUUUGUAAAUAAAAAAGAUAUACGCUAAAGAUGUCUCUCAUCUUGAGAAAAGCAAGAGGGAAGAGGCUUGCUUGUGUUGGUUGUAUAGGAAUAUUAUUACAGAAUUUGAAGUCACAAAAGCUGCUCGUGACUUUUCCAUUGUGAAGGAUGAAGAACAGAAGCUUCGUUACUACAAGGUGUUUAUUUCUUGAUUUUUCCAAGAAAUAUGAGUGAGAUUGUCUUGUUGUGGAUGUUAGUUAACUAUCUUUAAGUUAAUUAGUAAUGAAUACUACAUUUUUUUGUCUUUUAGAUUUCUAUAUAUUGGGACAUG